GAGUGAAUGACAAAAACUUCUAGCAUUGGUUGAAGGAGUUUUUGUUUUAGACGACAACACUGCCUGCAAGCUGCAGAUUCUCUCAAAUUCAAGCAUAGAAGAUGACCCUCCCUUCCUUAAUUUAGGAUUUCAGCUUUCGAUCUCAGUCCAAAUUCAUUCACCCAUGGACUCAGUUUGUACCAAUUCCUUAUAUGCACAACCUUGUAACAUAGUUUACGACCCUUUUCACUCUAAGAGUCGAUCAUCACGGACUUUGCUUUCAUCGUCUUCGUUCAUAUCGUUGAGGGGAAGAAGAGGUAAGAAGUUAUGGCGGACGCGAAUUUUGAGUUUAGCCGUGGCAGCUGGUUCCAACGGCAACGUUGCUGCCACAAAAAGCACUUUAGCUUCCGUGGCUGAGACCGUUAGCAGGGCCUCGUCGGUCAGCAAGUCGAGCAGUGCGCUAGAGCAGCUUGACAUUGAGCGCGGCGUCUGCAUUCCAUAUCGCAAGUACUCUCCCGAGACAGUCAGGAACAAGGUACUUGAAUCAAGAGGGGCAAUUCUGUCACUAAUGUUGCGGGGUGUGGAGAUAGUUUGGAAUCUGGGCUUUUACUGGUCUACCUUGAUGUAUGAUUUCUUAGUUGGAAGGGAUGAAGAGGUUGUUCCAUAUCGUGCUCGGCAGCUUAGGAACCUCUUGUGCGCUUUGGGACCUUCUUUUAUCAAAGCCGGUCAGGUCCUUGCAAACAGGCCUGACAUCAUCAGAGAAGAUUAUAUGAAUGAACUAUGCAUUCUGCAAGAUGAUGUGCCCUCAUUUCCCAAUCAAAUUGCAUUUGGUAUUAUAGAGGAGGAACUUGGUCGGCCCAUUGAAGCUGUUUUCAGCAGAAUCUCAUCAGAAACAAUAGCUGCUGCAAGUUUGGGUCAAGUUUACAGAGCUACUUUACGUGCCACUGGCGAGGACGUAGCCGUCAAGGUUCAAAGACCUGAGAUAGAGCCCAUCAUAUACCGAGAUCUUUUCUUGUUCCGGACUCUUGCUUCGUUCUUAAAUGGACUUAGUAUGCAGAAGUUGGGGUGUAAUGCUGAGCUGAUAGUCGAUGAAUUUGGUGAAAAACUUUUGGAAGAACUUGAUUAUACCUUGGAAGCCCGUAACAUUGAAGACUUUAUUGAGAAUUUUAAAAAUGAUCCCACUGUCAAAAUUCCUCGGGUUUACAAACAACUUUCUGGUAACCGUGUCUUAGUAAUGGAAUGGAUUGAUGGUAUUAGAUGCACUAACCCUCAGGCCAUCAGAGAAGCUGGUAUUGAUAUGGAUGGAUUUCUUACAGUUGGUGUGAGUGCUGCUCUGCGACAACUGCUGGAAUUCGGAUUAUUUCAUGGCGAUCCGCAUCCUGGAAAUAUUUUUGCCAUGCGCGAUGGACGAAUUGCAUAUGUAGACUUUGGCAAUGUUGCUGUUCUUAGUCAGCAAAAUAAGCAAAUUUUAAUCGAUGCUGUUGUCCAUGCUGUAAAUGAGGACUAUGCUGAGAUGGCCAAUGACUUCACUAGACUGGGCUUCCUAUCACCUGGGACUGAUGUCACUCCUAUAAUUCCAGCUUUAGAAGCGAUUUGGCAGAACUCUGCUGGGAAAGGACUGUCAGAUUUUAAUUUUCGUAGUGUCACUGGGAAGUUUAACCAAUUGGUCUACAAUUAUCCCAUUCGUAUACCUGAAAGGUUCUCCCUGGUAAUCCGUUCUUUACUGACUCAAGAAGGCAUAUGUUUUACUCUCAAGCCCGACUUCAAAUUUCUCGAGGUUGCUUAUCCAUAUGUGGCUAAGAGACUCCUAACAGACCCAGAUCCAGCUCUACGUGAACGUCUCAUACAGGUUCUAUUCAAAGAUGGUCUGUUCCAGUGGAAACGGCUUGAAAACCUCAUUGUUCUUGCAAAGGAAAAUGUGGCCAAGAUGAGUAGCAAUCCGGCAUUGCAAGUUAAAGACAGGCAAAGAACAAGAAACUUGCGACUUGAAAGAAAACUGGACCUCACAGACACCAUUAAAGAUGGAGCUCGCCUUUUCUUUAUUGAUGAAGGAAUACGUAGACAGCUUCUUCUUGCUUUGACUGAGGAUUCAAAGCUUCAUGUAGAAGAGCUUGUUGAUGUGUAUAGGCUAGUAGAAGACCAGAUAGACAUACCUUCAGUGGCUUUAGAAGUAGCAAGAGACUUCCCAACGAUUGUCAAAGAUCUCCUACUUUCCUGGAGUGACUCAGUCUUGUCCGAUAGAUAGCCAAGUCCUCGGACUUUCAGCAUUAGGAGUACAGAAUCUACUUAUUGGUAUACGCCUGUCAUGUUUCUUUUUUCCUCGAUGGCAAAAAGGGUUCACUUUAUCAAGUUACCACAUGUAUAGGAAUAACAUUUUGCUAAAGUAAAAUGAUUUACAGUUUCAUGUGCAUAAUCCACAGAUUCAUAGUUUUUAACUUUCAUAUUAUCUUUUUGCGCAAUCCCGAUUGAUGUUUGAUCAUGUAAUCCUUAAUUUCCGCGUUGCUGGGAAUAAGGUGUGCGUUUUUAAUUUUAAAUUGUUACUUGUUAAAUGUUAAUGUAAUCCAUGAGUUGAUCUA